AUGGCAAUAACAUCACUAUACAUGAUAUCUACCUGUCGAUUGACCCCAGUAGCCAUAGUGUGGGCCUAUUGCCAUGAAUUCCACCAGAAAAUUACUGUUUCCGGCGAUAAAAUCGGUGUCUCCUCCGCCAAAGCUGUCUCUUGGUUUUACUGGGUUUUCACCUCUGUAAGGAUUUUUCAGAACGUCGCUUUGAAAGGUCGAAGAGUUGAUUCUGGAGGCCUUUGUGUGAAGCUCCAGAAGAGACAUCAUGGGUCUCAAAGUGGUUCAGGCCGGAGGCAUGCCUGGUCCUGUUAUAUUAGGAGACUGUGCAGCUCCAGAGAAGAUCAUGAAGAGACAAGCUGGUUAUCAACGGUUAUAUGGGGCUAUAUCCAUGGCUCCAGCUAUUACUUUUCUUCCAUAGGGGCUUUUGACGAGAAAGAAGGGGAGCUUACAACUAGACGUGACCAGGGUCUUCUUUUCAGAGAAGUUGUGAGAGAAUUACUUAUCAUAAAAGAUUUUUCUCCACCAGAUGAUAAGGGAGGCAUGCCUGGUCCUGUUAGAUUAAGAGACUGUGCAGCUCUAGAGAAGAUCAUGAAGAGACAAGCUGGUUAUCAACGGUUAUAUGGGGCUAUAUCCAUGGCUCCAGCUAUUACUUUUCUUCCAUGGGGGAUUUUGACGAGAAAGAAGACAACAAGACAUCUUGCUUUUUUCGGGAAGCUGCCUACAUUUUUUGCUGUUAAGACAAACGUUCAGAUCUCAAGGGGGCUUACAACUAGACGUGGACCAGGGACUUCUUUUCAGAGAAGUUGUGAGAGAAAGGUUUACUUAUCAUAA